CCUGUUAGCUGAAGCAAGUGUUUUAUUUUGCGAGUAAUGAGUACCUAUUCUUUUGUAUUUUGAUGCGGUAUAAAGUGCGAUGUAUUGAGCUAAUUACAGAAGUAUUUUAAGAAUAAUGGAUAUAAUACCGUACAAAAGUAGAUAAUCCAAAAUCAACGAUGAAGUUUAUAUUUAUUUUAAUUAUUGCGUUGGAGGCCUAUGUAUUAGGAACUGAGGAUAAAGAUAGAAAGGAGAUCACAGAAGUCAGGGCUUUGGAUGACCGGCCACUGUUGUUCGCCACGUUAGGAGGCGGCAUGGUGGCUGUGGAGCCUCUAUCAGGAAAUAUUAUAUGGAAACUAAAAGAUGAACCAGUGGUGAAAGUACCAAAUCAGCAUACGAAUUUGAUGCCCCAGUUCUUACCUGAUCCAAGACAUGGCUUCCUAUACAUGUAUGGUCCUAGAGGUGAUAAGCAAAUGCUGAAGAAGCUACCGUUUACCAUACCGGAGCUAGUGGCUAAUGCUCCGUGUCGAUCCACCGAAGGCAUUUUGUAUACGGGGAAGAAAAGCGACACAUGGUUCAUAUUGGACCCCUUGACAGGAACGCGGGAACAAGUUUCAGGUUUCGAUUCAUCAAAGAUAUUUAAGAGCGAAUAUGAGCAAACGUGCCCGCCGGAUAAGAAGCGCGGUGUUUUUGUCGCGCGAACUGAAUAUAACAUACUCAUGCACGACUCCAACAAUGAGAAUCAGAAGUGGAAUGUCACAUUCUUUGACUACACAUCCAAUGCUAUGGGCAAAGAAAUGCUAAACGAUUACGGUAUAAUUCAUUUCACAUCAACAUCAAAUGGUCGGAUAAUGUCAUUCGACAGGAAAACCGGCGACCUUGUAUGGUCGCAUAACUUCGAAACGCCAGUUAUAGCCGCUUAUUUGCUAGGCAGAGAGGGGCUGAUCUCUGUCCCUUUCAACUCAAUCGGCGAUGAUACGUUAGACCAUAUUAUGGAGGAUGCUACCACUUUGAGAAAUGGACAAGGAAUUAAAAACUCUAAUAUUGAGCUUUAUCCAACGUUAUACAUUGGUGAGCACAACCACGGCCUUUACGCUCUCUCCUCCCUAGUGGACAAAAACACAGUCACAAUAUCGACAGGGCACACCCGACCUCUUCUCCUAGAAGGCCCAGUCACAGAAAAUCAGGCAAAAGGUGAAAGGGACACGUACGAACCCUUUAAAAACGUGCAUUUCCAGCUUAAUGACAUAAACCUUCACGUCACACCUCCAUAUUUACUACUAGGACAUUAUAAAGUGCCUGAGCUUACAACAACGUGGAUGCCGCAACUUCCGAACGCAAAUCUCAUGAACCAGAAUGUACCCAAAAAUAACGCUAUCAAACUAAUAAAUGGUCAAGUUCAUUCAGAUACUGAAAAAGAUGGUGAGAAUGAAACAAAGAAAGCUAAUUCCGUAUCAGUUUCUGUUCAAACUGAGGAAUUGGAAGUCCAGGAGUUUUAUUUCAGGCCAAUUCUAUGGUACAAACAGGGUUAUAUAUGGUUGCAUCAGCAAGAAAAUAAGGCCUUGAAAGUCUUGCUUAUCAUUCUCAUGGGAUUGGUCGUUACAAUGUUCUGGUACUUACGAUAUCAGGCUCGCGAAUUUCAACAACUGUCGCAAGGCGGGUCUCGAAGUUCGAACACGUCGACAUCAUCUCAAGGCGAAGUUACGGGACAGUUGGUAGAAAUAGGUGAUGGUGAAGUACGCAUCGGUAAGAUAAGUUUCAACACUGAUCAGGUGCUGGGAAAAGGCUGUGAAGGCACUUUUGUGUAUAGGGGAAUGUUUGAUAAGCGAGCUGUGGCCGUGAAACGGUUACUCCCAGAGUGUUUCACUUUCGCGGAUCGCGAGGUGGCUUUGUUGCGUGAAUCCGAUGCGCAUGCGCAUGUUGUACGAUACUACUGUACUGAACGGGAUAAGCAAUUUAGGUAUAUAGCUCUGGAGUUAUGUUCGGCGACGUUACAAGAUUACGUGGAGAAGAAAUUGAAUUACGAAUGCAAGAUAAAUGCAGUAGAGGUCUUACAACAGGCUACACUGGGACUCGCGCAUUUACAUUCCAUGGAUAUAGUCCACAGAGACGUUAAACCCCACAACGUGCUACUGUCAAUGCCCACGGGUUCUGGCGAAGUGCGUGCGAUGAUCUCAGACUUCGGUCUAUCCAAGAAGUUGAAUAUAGGACGCGUUAGUUUCUCGCGGAGGUCCGGUGUCACUGGCACUGAUGGUUGGAUUGCGCCUGAGAUGAUCAACGGCGAAAGGACGACAACAUCGGUAGACAUGUUUUCGUUAGGUUGCGUGUUCUACUACGUGCUGUCCAAAGGAUACCAUCCGUUUGGGGAUGUGUUAAGGAGACAAGCUAAUAUAUUGACGGGAGAUUAUAAUUUAGAUCAAUUAGACAAGGUUUUGCCGCAAGAAGACGUGCUCGUGACAAGGAUUCUGAUCAGGGCCAUGAUAUCCAGUAGAGCGAACGCACGUCCGCCAUGUGAAAGUGUGCUCAAGUACCCAAUAUUUUGGAGCAAGCAGACUAUAUUGAACUUUUUGCAGGACGUUAGCGACCAUGUAGAAAGUUCGAGCAAAAAAGGCAUCGAGAAUCCUCUUGAUGAGGGUGCAAGGUGCGUUAUUCGAGGUGACUGGCGUUUGCACGUAUGCUCUAUGGUUGCGGGAGACUUGCGUGCGCGACGUACUUAUAGAGGGGACCGUGUUUCGCAUCUUUUGAGAGCAAUUAGGAAUAAGAAACAUCAUUACAGAGAGCUUGAACAUGAAGUGCGAGACAGUUUAGGAAAACUGCCUGAUGGUUUCAUCACAUACUGGAUAAGCAGGUUCCCUCUCUUACUCCCACACGUAUGGCUCCAAAUGCAACUGUACAGGCAAGAAGACAUUCUACAAGCGUACUACCCACAUUCAUACACGUUUAGCCGAGAAGACGUAUUCGAAUUCAGCGACGACAAAGAUUACGUAGACGAAAUAAUUGAAGCAGUUGAUCCAGAAACAAAUGGACUAUUCCUCAAGAGCAAAGUAUACUUUGACGAUAAUGAUAAAGAGAAAAGGUUUUAUAGGCAAGGCUCGCCGAGAAAAACCGUCGAUUGGCGCAGUGAGCAAAUCGACUUCAGGUCACAACGAGAUGACAUAAGGAUGAGAGAUAGGCAUUUCAAAAAGUACAAGAAACACGAAGAAAUUCCUGUAUGGAGUUUAGCACCGCAAUAGGUUUACGUGAAAUUAUUAAUUUUAUUAAUACUGUAGUUUUUAACGGUGACAAGCUUAGGACUUCACGGCGUCACUUUCGAAUUCGAAUCGAAUCGAAUGCGAGUUCGAAUCACAGCACGAUAGUUACGUGCGUUUUACGCAAUUAAAAUAUCACUUGCUUCAACGGUGAAGGAUAAAAUCGUGAGAAGGCCUGCAUGCAUGAGAGUUCACCAUAAGGUUCUCAAAGGCGUAUGGAGUCUGGACUCAGUGGUUUUUUGCGGCCUAAAACCUUCUCAUUGUGGGGGGAAACCCGUGCCCUGUAGUUGGCCGGUAAUGCGUUGAUAUGAUGACUAUAGUUUUUAAUUUAUUACCAGCUAGUGCAUUUUAUAUGAAGGCAAGGACAUUUGUGAAUGGUUUAAAACUUUAGAAUCAUUGGUUAAGAAAAUAGUGAUAUUUGCCAUGAUUUCUAGCUUGAACAAAUCAUGAUUUCAAAUCGAGCUAGCAAUUUCGUUAUAGGAGUAACUAGAAUUAUAGAAUGUUAAAACAUGGGAACUACUUGGUGUAGUCAUGUUAACCCGCACCAUUAAAGAAUAGAUUUAUAAAAAAAUGGCCGAUGUUGCUCUAUAUUGGAUAGAAGCAGGCGUUACUUUGCGGAAAUCCAUGAUAUAUUAUCAAAAUUAAGCUUAAUUUGCUAUACU